UUCUAUCUCUUUGCAAAGCCAAAGAAUUGAUGAGAACAAAUUUUUAAAAAAUGGCGUGCAAGUGUGGAGGCUACUGCUACACUUUGAACGGAAGAGCGAGCUUCGAUCGCAACUCAGUGAAAACGCGUAAAUUUUUUGUUCAAAACUUUCCGGCGGCCCGCAUGUUCGCAAACGGAAGUUUCUUCUUUCCUACUAAAUGGCGAUCCGUUGCUGGUAACCAUCGCAUUUUGAGUAUGGAUGCCCAAGAGAAAUCAAGAUCGACGACACUGGAAUCAUCAAAAAAUAAGAGGGUUCCUAUUUUUGUAAUGAUGCCUGUGGAUACAUUUGGUUUUGAUGCAUCUGGACGUCCAAGGAUUAGAAAAAUCAAGGCCAUAACUGUAUCUCUAAAAGCACUUAAGUUGGCAGGUGUUCGGGGAAUUGGAGUUGAGGUUUGGUGGGGAAUAGUGGAGCGGUUUUCUCCCUUUGACUACAAUUGGUCCCUAUAUGAAAAGCUUUUUAAGUUGAUAUCCGAGUCAGGACUGAAGUUGCAGGUUGCUUUGUCUUUUCACUCAAAUAUUUACUCAUCUACUGGAAAUGGGGGUGUGAGUCUUCCACUAUGGAUUUUAGAGAUUGGUGAUUUAAAUAAAGAUAUUUACUAUCGAGAUCGACAUGGAGUCUCCAACAAUGAUUAUCUUACACUAGGGGUGGACCAAGUUCCUCUUUUAUCUGGGCGGACUGCCCUUCAAUGUUAUGAGGACUUCAUGCAUAGUUUUGUUAACAAGUUUGAAUCCUUUAUCGGAAGUGUAAUAGAAGAAAUAAGCAUUGGUCUUGGUCCUUCGGGAGAACUUAGGUAUCCUGCUCAUCCUUUUGGUGAUGGUAGAUGGAAAUUCCCUGGGAUUGGUGAAUUCCAGUGUUAUGAUAAGUACAUGAUGGAGGACUUAAAGAUGGCUGCGUGCCAAGAAGGAAAGCCUCAAUGGGGGUACAGGGGGCCACAGAACGCUGGCUGUUACAACAGUCUUCCAACAGGUGUGCCCUUCUUUGAAGAGGGACAAGAAAGCUUUCUAUCUGAUUAUGGUUGUUUCUUCCUGGAAUGGUACAGUGGUAGGUUGAUUUAUCAUGCAGAUGCCAUUCUUGCAAGGGCAGCAAAGAUACUGAAAAAGUACCAAGAAAAUGAGCAAACUUCUUUUAUGUUGGUGGCUAAAAUUGGUGGAAUAUAUUGGUGGUACAAGACUGUAUCACACCCUGCUGAACUUACUGCUGGUUAUUACAACACCGCUCUCAGGGAUGGUUACGAUCCUGUCAUCUCAGUGUUGUCUCGUCAUGGAGCUGCUUUGCAUAUUCCCUGCUUAGAGAUGAUGGACAGUGAAACCCCACCAACGUAUCUCUGCAGUCCUGAAGGAUUACUGAAACAGAUACAGUUCGUAUCAAAGAAACAGAUUAUUAACUUGGUUGGAAGAAAUACAACCGAACGGCUCGACAGAACUGGACUUCAGAAAAUUCAUUCGAACUGUUUCGAUCCUCGGGCGGAAAUUGUAAGAUCUUUUACUUAUUUCAGAAUGAAUGAUCAUAUAUUUAGGGUUGAAAAUUGGAAUAACUUUGUACCUUUUGUCAGAAUGAUGAGCGCAGAUCUGUAAAUUCUCCAGUUUACUAAAGCUAAUUAAAGAUCACCCUGCCCCUAUCUUAGGUUUUUUUUUCCUGACUGGGGAAUUGGGAAAUUUGCAAAACAUUCUCUAGCCUCAUCAUAUAGGCAUAACAUGAUUUUUCUUUUAUGUGAUAUUGCUUGUAGUUGUUGUAGGUUUUCAUAUGUGGCAUUAAUAAUCAUUACUUCAAUGAUAAUUUAAAUUUAAAAUGAAUUUGAUAUAAUUAUUUAAAAAUGCAUAUUUGUUAUUGCUGAUAAGAUAUUUGUUUA